GCUAUAUCUGGCCUUUGAACCGGAGUCAGACGGGAGGAGAUUUCGACGAUUCCUCCGAAAAAGACGUCAGCAGGAUCUCCUCGAUCGGAAUCGCCAAGAACAACCCGCACUACGUCGCCCUACCAUCCCCGCGUUACAAACCAUUCUCCACCUCGCCGAUCAUCAGGCAUCAGAUCGAGGCGAAUGAGGAUGACGCCUGCCCCGUCUUUUCUUUGACCUGGAUGGCGGAUACGCAGGUCGUGGUGAUGGGUGACCUAGGUGGUCGUGCAUGCCAAGUUAUAAAGUCAUUGACCCCAUAUCUUGAAACUCUCCAUACCGUCCUGGCUACCCUGGUCUCGAUCGUAGCUAAUCGCAGCAAUCCAAAAGGAAUCGUCUCCAGCAGUAUCGCACCCGAUCUCCGAGCUAUUGCAAUAUGGCGGACACUUUGCGCGAGUCGUUCCUUGGACAAGUCAUACAUAAGCUUUCAGGCGGACGAGUCCUUCAGUACCCCGACGAGAAGGAGGGGUUUGAGAUCCCCGCUCGUUACCGUCGAGACGACCACACCAAGGCUCUCCUCGAGCGUCGAUCGAGGCGAAUCCAGGCCAAGAAGGGCGCUCAGGAAGAAUGGAAGAAGCUACAGAAGGCUCGCGAGGAGAAGCCUGUCCGAAUCGCUCCUGUGCCCAAGCAUACGGGAGGCGAGCAAGGUUACAUCGACGCCGCUGAAAAGCGGGCUGCUCAGCAGGCGGUCGCUGACGAGAGGCCUGUGAGGAUCGGUGAUGUCGAGGCGGGUCGUCGUCGAAGUGAUGGUUCCAGCGCCACUCGAGUCAACUCGAACGAGGAAGACGAAGAGCAGGCCUUGGGUCUCGAAGGAGAUGAUGAUGAUCCAAAUAUCGUCACCUGGUAUGGGCCAAAUGAUCCCGAAAACCCUCAGAACUGGUCCUUGCCCAAGAAAUUGCACGUCACGUUCUGUAUCUGUCUCAUCACGAUCGCGGUUUAUAUGGGCUCCAGUAUCGUCACCCCCGGUAUCAUGGGAAUCAUGACCGAUCUCCGGGUCGCUCAGGUCCCUGCCACCCUGAGUCUGUCGCUUUUCGUUGCUGGUUAUGGAACCGGACCUCUUCUCUGGUCUCCCUUGACCGAGAUUCCCGCGAUCGGAAGGAACCCACCCUACAUUCUUACGUUGCUCAUUUUCGUCAUUCUGCAAGUCCCGACCGCACUCGUGAAGAACUUUGCCGGGAUCUGCGUACUCAGGUUCUUGGCCGGAUUCUUCGGGUCUCCUCCUCUUGCUACUGGAGGAGCUUCCUUGCAGGACAUGUACUCGAUCAAGGCCCGAACUUACGCUCUGGGAAUUUGGGGUGUUGCUGCGUCCGGAGGACCGUCUCUCGGCCCCAUCGUCUCAGGAUUUGCCAUCCAGGCCAACAACUGGCGGUGGGCCUUCUGGAUCAUGCUCUGGCUUUCGGGCGGUGCCUUGCUUUUCUUGGCCAUCUCCAUGCCCGAGACUUCGUCUGAAAACAUCCUCUACCGACGAGCUGCCCGACUUCGAACAUUGACCGGCAACCAGGACCUCAAGUCUCAAGGACAAAUCAUGCAAGAGAAGGUUACUUUCGGACAACGUGCCAAGAACACCUUGAUCAAGCCCUUCAGUCUCAACUUCAAGGAGCCGGUUAUCUUCGCCAACAACUUGUUCAUCGGUUUCGUGUACGCGGUGCUUUACGCCUGGUUCGAGGCCUUCCCCCUCGUAUACGUUGACAUGUACGGGUUCUCCUUGGGAGUUAGCCAGCUCCCCUUCAUCGCCCUCUUCAUCGGCGCGUUCUGUGGUUUCCUCGGGAUCUGCGCAUGGCACAGAUGGAUUUGGUGCCGCGAGUUUGACCGGACCGAAGGACACAUCUCACCUGAAAAGCGAUUGCAGCCUGCCUUUGUUGGGGCCCUCUGCCUUCCCGCUUGUCUCUUCUGGUUUGCGUGGUCGAGUGGCCGAACUCACUGGAUGGCUCCUGUCGUCUCCACGGCCAUCUUUGGUGUCGGAGCUUCCUGCUUAUUCAAUCCCAUCAUCAACUAUCUUACCGACGCGUACCCCACUGAGGCGGCGAGUGUUUUGGCUUCGAACGAUUUCAUCAGAAGCGCCUUCGGCGCCGGUAUGCCGUUGGCUGCUCACGGACUCUUCGUUAACCUCAAGGUCGAUUGGGGUACCUCCUUGCUCGGAUUCGUCUCCUUGCUCUUCUUGCCCCUACCCUUCUUCCUCUACUUCUAUGGCCCUACCUUGCGAGCGCGAUCCCCUCGAGCCGCAUCUCCUUCUUAACAGGCCCGAACCCCGCACGCCGAUCACUUCGGCCAGCUGUAUCACAUUGCCUCGAAAUCUUGAUAUGCUUUCUCUUCUUCUUCAACCUAUAAUGCGCCCCCUAGACGAUAAAGUUCUUUUGAAACAAUAAUGUAUCCCGUAGAUAUGCAUGAUUCACCGGAUGUGGUUCAACAAACGUGCGAUCCC